AAAUAUAUAAUUUCUUCCUCUUACUUCUUCCUUCGUCAAAACAAAGCAGAAAAAAAACCUCAUUUUCAUUUGCAAGUAUAUUAAACCUUCAUUCUUAAGUAUUUUAUUCAUUUCUCUAUUUCUUCCUCACUUCAUUCCUUCCAUUGAAUUCUUCUACUUUCCAUUAGUAGUUGCUUCAGUCUUUUCCCUCUAUCCAUUGAUAAACUAUUUCUUGUUUUUGUUGUUACUACUUUGCUCAAGCUUAAUUGUUCAUAUUGUUAAUAUUCUGUUACUUUUUUGCAAUUUUAGAAACUGGGUUUUGGGGUUUUUUCCCAUUUCUCAUUAGAAAAGAUUGAAUUUUUUCUAUUUGGGGGUUAAUUUUCCUGAUUCUGGGAUUUGGGUUUUUGUGAAAAUCUAAUCUUUACUGUUGGGUAUUGCUCAAAUUUCUGUGUAUUAGUAUAAGUAAUGGGAAAGCCUGCAGUUGCUAAAAAGAAAAUUGAAGCUCCUAAACAAGGGAGUACUUCUAAGAAUAAUAAAGUUUCUGAUAGAACCUCAAAAGCUUUUGAUGAAGAUACUGCAAUCUUUAUCAAUAUGUCACAAGAGCUUAAAGAAGAGGGUAAUAAGCUAUUUCAAAAACAUGACUAUGAAGGGGCUAUGUUGAAAUUUGAAAAGGCUCUCAAAUUGCUUCCUAGUAAUCAUAUAGAUGUUGCUAAUUUGAGAACAAAUAUGGGUAAUUGUUAUAUGCAAAUGGGUUUAGGUGAAUACCCAAGAGCAAUAAAUGAGUGUAAUUUGGCAUUAGAAGUUGCACCUAAGUAUAGCAAAGCUUUAUUGAGGAGAGCAAAAUGUUUUGAGGCUUUGAAUAGAUUUGAUUUAGCUUUGAGGGAUGUGAGUAUUGUUUUGAAUAUGGAACCUAAUAAUCAAGCUGCUUUGGAGUUUGAUGAAGGGUUGAAGAAGAAUAUGGAAGAUAAGGGUAUUAAAGUGGAUGAAAAGGAGCUUGCUUUGGCUAUUGAACAAACCCUUUCUCUAGGUGGUACACCUUCUAAAAAAAUCUCGAAAGAGAAGAAGAUGGCGAAAGAGAAGUCGUUGAGGAAAAAGAAGGGGAGCUUGAGAGUUGAGGAUGUUAAGGAUAAGGUGGUCGAGGUGAAGAAGGUAGAGGAUGAGUCUAAAAAUGAAAAGGUUGAGGAUAAGAAGGUGGAGACUAAGUCAAUAGGUAAAAAUGUUAAGGCGAAGAAAAUGCAGGCUAAGCCGAAGCGCAAACAUAUUGAGGAGGAUGUUCCUAAGCCUGAGGAUAAGGAGGUUGUUCAAGAGAAGGUUAGGGUUAUGGAAGAAAAAGUGGUUGGAAGAUCAGUGAAGUUAGUUUUUGGGAAUGAUAUAAGAUAUGCUCAAUUACCCAUCAAUUGUAGUGUGUUAUUGAUGAGGGAUAUUGUCCUUGAAAGGUUUCCAAAUUUGGAAGGUGCCCUUGUGAAAUACAUGGAUCAGGAUGGUGAUUUGGUAACUAUUACAACGACGAACGAAUUGAGGAAAGCUGAAGGGUUAAGUGAUCUACAUGGGUCUUUUAGGUUGUACAUUUCUGAAGUUAGCCCUGAUCUAGAACCUUCUUAUGAUGGUGUGGAGAAAGAUGAAGUUUCCAAGGUUAUAAAGAAUGAUGAACUUAUAGGUGAUGUAAGCAAUGAGAAGGGUUCAAUUUGUAUUGACAGUUGGAUAAUCCAAUUUGCCCAUCUCUUCAAAAACCAUGUUGGGUUUGAAUCGGAUUCAUAUUUGGACCUGCACGAGGUAGCGAUGAAGCUACAUUCAGAAGCAAUAGAAGACACUAUAUCGAGCGAGGAUGCACAAGAACUCUUUGACAUAUCUUCUGAUAAGUUCCAAGAAAUGGGUGCUUUGGCCUUGUUCAAUAUGGGGAAUGUUCAUAUGUCCAAAGCAAAGAAACAUGUUCAUAUUUCCGAGCACAGUUCUUACGAAUCGAUGCGUAUUCAGAUCAAACCGGCGUAUGAAUGGGCGAAGAAGGAAUACACAAAGGCUGGAAUGAGAUAUGAGGAAGCUCUUAAGAUAAAACCUGACUUCUAUGAAGCUCACAUUGCACUUGGAUUGCAGCAGUUUGAGCUAGCUAAGCUUUGUUGGUAUUAUGCACAAAGGGAUACCAUUGAUGUAGAAUCUGGUGCAAUUCAAGAGAUUCUUCUUCUGUAUAAUAAAGCAGAGGACAGUAUGGAGGCAGGGAUGCAGAUAUGGGAGGAAAUGGAGGAACGACGAUUGAAUGGACUUUCUAAGGAGGAAAAGUAUAAGGCUAAGUUGCAGAAAUUGGGAAUGGAUGGUCUGCUGAGAGAUUUAUCUGCAGAUGAAGCUACAGAACAGGCGUCGAUUCUGAGGUCACAGAUAUACAUCUUAUGGGGGACAUUGUUGUAUGAACGCUCGGUCGUUGAGUUUAAGUUGGGUUUACCAUCUUGGGAAGAAUGUUUAGAGGUUGCUGUUGAGAAGUUUGAACUUGCUGGUUCCUCACAUACUGAUAUAACUGUUAUGAUCAAGAACCAUUGCUCGAAUCAAGCUACACCAGCUGGUCUUGGGUUCAAAAUCGACGAAAUUGUUCAAGCAUGGCAUGAGAUGUAUGAUGCUAAACGGUGGCAACUUGGAGUUCCAUCUUUCAGAUUGGAGCCAUUAUUUCGCAGACGAGUUCCUAGACUUCAUCAUGUCUUGGAGCAUCUUUGAGCAUGUUGGUGAAGAUUUCCAUUGGUAGACUUGGUUAAGGUCAGCAUAUCAUCAUCUCAGUGCUGGCUGCUGUUGCUUAGUGGAAAGGUUUUUAUUUUCAAGGGUCUGGACGGCAUAGUUGAUGUCCAUGGUUUUUUGGGUUUUUUAGAGUAUACAAGAGUUGGUCAUAGCAUUGGUGUUCUAACUGGUGGCGUAGUUCGGGCUGCGGUGCUGGUUCAUUUUUUUCUUCCUCAAAAGAUUGGUGUUUCCCUACAGGAUUCCAUAAGAAUGGCACAAAUAUUAUUCGUGCUUCGUAGAUGAUUUGUUGUCGUAGUUUUGUAUACUAGAGUCAACGAUUGAAACUUGUAAAGUCGUUCAUCAAAGUAUUUCGCAUUUCGGAAUUUGGUAGCAGUUAUGGUGGUUAUUCUUUGUCAUUCAUUUUAAGAUUGCAAAUAUAGAUGGAUUUAUCAGUUUGUAGAAUGUAAUCACUGAAAACUGAAAAGGGUUCAAUUUGGUAAGAACCCAUUUUUAUUUCAUGUAUGUUGUUGAUUUGGUGUUA